UGAAACGUAGUAAGCUACAAUAUCUACAAUCUCUAAUUCAAAACACUGUCGCUUUUAAGUUAUCGAAUACUGUAAUGUCGAUAACUGAAUGUAGUAGGGACGUCUGAAGAAAAACGGUUACAUUGCAAGCAUGACUGGACGUGAAGGAGGGAAGAAGAAGCCAUUGAAGGCGCCAAAGAAAGACUCCAAGGAGCUCGACGACGACGACAUGGCUUUCAAGCAAAAACAAAAGGAACAGCAAAAGUUGCUGGAGGCAGCUAAGCAGAAUGCUGCUAAGAAGGGUCCACUCGUCGGCGGUGGCAUUAAAAAGUCGGGCAAGAAAUAAGAGUUGUUAGCACCAACUCGUAGAUCGACUAAUUUCUUUUUGCUCGCAUUUAUGCCGUGUAUAUUUUUAGAUUCUUAUAUGCCAACACACACACACACAUACAUACAAUUAUAAAAUUUUCGUUUUUGUACAAUGACCACAAAUUAGUCGUUUAGCAUUAAAACAUAUAAUUAAACUAAACAUU